UUUCAUAAUUGAGUGGUCUCUGUUCGAGAGGAGAGAGUAGUCAUCCAAAAAUCGAUCUGAAGCGAGCAGUGGUCUGUGAACUCGAGCUGUGAGAGUGCUGAGACUGUUUGGUUGAUAUCUCGAGUUUUACCAAUCCAAUUAAGGCGUGUGAGAUACAAAAAGAAAGCUCUCAAGACGAGGAAUCCGUGAAGGUCUGGUUUGCAUCAAUCGGAGUAGAGGAAGACUUCCAAAUCGUCCGAGCAGAACGCGACCUCGCAGGGACGGAUUUACUCUUCUAAGAAUCGAGUUAGCCGGAAAACACCCGUUCUAGGGGCUGUUUUCGUAUCAACGAUUAGGAGUUGAAAUAGCAACUUGAGGAAGCUGUUUAACACCCAUUUUCAAGCAAGGAACCAGCUCUCAAUAUUCCUUGGCCGAGGCUUUGGUCAUUGGAUCGAGAAGGAAGGUUUUAAAGCUCAUUUGAGGUGAGGACCGACAUCUAGUUGCUUACAACUUGUAGGUUAUGCAUGAGAUUACCUAAAUGCUUAAAUCAUGUUUUUGUGAAUAAAUAUGCUUGAACAUGAUAUGAAUGAUAAGUAAUGGACUUGAUCAUAAAUUGAAACCAUAUUGAUGAAUAUGGAGUCAUGUGAGAUAAAAGUAUGCUAAAAUGGUAAAUUGACCUUCCAACUCAUGUAUGAAUGUUAUGUGUAUGUAAAUGUAUGAUUGCAUGAUGAUGCUUAGCACAUGGGAGGCUGCCACAUAUCUAUUGAUAUGGAGGGGCUACCAUUAAUGAUAAAUGAGUUGUAGGAAUAAUCUUAAUAGUAUUGUGAUGCUAGUUAAGGAUUGUUCUAAAUGUUGAUAGAACCAAACUUAAAGGUUGAGUUUGUUUGUGAUGAACUGGAAUGAGAUUCAAGUGUCAAUUGGGAAAUCAUGGAGUAGGAGAUCUAUGGUGUGGUUUUAUGAAGUAGGAGAUCUAUGGUGUGGUUUUAUGAAGUAGGAGAUCUAUGGUGUGGUUUUAUGAAGUAGGAGAUCUAUGGUGUGGUUUUAUGAAGUAGGAGAUCUAUGGUGUGAUUAUAUGAAGUAGGAGAUCUAUGAUAUGAUUAUAUGAAGUAGGAGAUCUAUGAUGCGAGUGCAUGAUGAUGUACUCGAGCCGAACUCUAGAAAUGAGAAGUUGUAUUAGGGUUGGACCCUACGUAUGUCGUGACCAUUAGUCACGGGGUUUUGGAAAAUGUUUUAUAACAAACAUGGGCCUUUGAGCCGACUACUUGACUUUAUAUAAAGUAAGUAUAUAUUUUGAAAGGGGUAAUUUGAGAUUACGGCCUAUACUAUAUUAUCACCCUAUUUGAGGGUCUUGUGUGUGAAAUACUUGUUGUAUAUCUAUUAGAUGCCUGCCACACCAGCACUUUAUAGCCCUAUAGAGUGCUGACCCCUUCGGGGGCGUCCCACCACCAUUUUUCAGGUUGAGGCUAGAGCUUGCUUCCUGUGCUCGUUGCUCGAGAGAUCAUCUAGGAGGGAAGACUUGGUUCGUGCUUCCUCCAUUCGUUUUUUAAACAUUAAUAAACAUGCUCAUGGAUAUUUUACUUUAGAGCCUGCGUGCUCAUGAAUAGCCCUGUGUGGCCCUUUGUUUUAAACAAUGUUUUCCGCUGCGUUAUGAAUUACUUAUUAUGUUUGUUUAUGGAUGUUACGUGUGUGAAUGAUAUUCAAGACGCCUUGUAUAAUAUGAAUGUGUUGGACUGCGGUUGACUAUUUGUAUUGUACGGCGGGUUGUUGACGUGUCCGGGGAGGUCCGGGGCGUGACAAUAGGUUUCAGUACUGCUCACACAUUAUCAAGCACUUUGAUUCAAAAUUGUCCUCAUGGAAACAAAAGAACCUAUCCCAAGGGGGCAGAAUCAUUUUAAUCAAAUAUGUUCUCAGUACUAUUCCUAAUCAUCUUCUAGCUAUUGAUCAGCUUCCUAAAAAAGUCAUAUCCAUUCUGGAGAAGAAAAUGGCCUCUUUUCUUUGGGGAUCAAAUUCAAACAAGAAAAACUUUCAUUGGGCUAAGUGGAGCAGAUUAUGCUAUCCAAUAGAUGAGGGUGGUCUUGGGUUUAGAGCAUUAGCUGAUGUGGAGAAAGCAUACACUCUAAAAUUAUGGUGGAGGUGGAAGAAUAAUAAAUCCGCCUGGUGUGAAUUUGUUAAAGCUAGAUAUCCUAGAGGGGAGGAUAUGAGGUCAAGAAUUACUGAUUCUAAUGUAUGGAGAAGGAUUUGUGGGAUUCAUGAUAUGGCUGCUAGCCUUUGUUCUUAUACUUCCUCUGGUACAAUGCAGUGGGAUCCUGGUAUCCAUGGCUUAUUCUCUUUGGCAUCUGCAUACAAUGAAAUCAGAGAUACAAAAUUUGUUACUUUUACUGAUAAACAUAUUUGGCAUAAGAACCAAACUAUGCAGGUCAAAUUCUUUCUUUGGAAGCUCUUAAACUCUUUUCUGCCUAUUAGUGAGAAUAUGCAAAGAUUUCAGAUUACUCUCCAACCUUCAAGAUGUCCAUUAUGCAGGAGUAACUGUGAAACUACUGAUCAUAUAUUCUUUAACUGUUCUUAUUCUAAGAAAAUAUGGCAGUAUUUCAUGGCAGUCUUUGGGAUUAAUAUGCCCAUGGUUGCUUCAAUUAGGCAAAUUAUGAUUCUUUGGUGGAUUGAAGCUGGUUCUAAAU